CUCUGGUCGGGAGACGGCGGCUGCGACUGCGCCUCGCUGGCCGUCGGGGCCGAGAACCAUGAGCCCCGGGGGCGCGGGCUGCUCCGCCAGGCUGCUGCUGACGGUUGGCUGGCUGCUGCUGGCACGCCUCCAGUCGACGUGCGGGACCAACGUCACCGCCUUCCGGGAUCCCGGCUUGGACCGCGAGGGCGAGAACGAGGGCGAGGAGGAGGCUGGGACCGACAGCGAGGCCGAGAACGAGCCCCAGGAUGAGGCUGAGGAGGAUGUUUCAAAUGGGACAAUAGUCAAAGAAGUAGAAUUUGGGAUGUGCACCGUUACAUGUGGUAUUGGUAUUAGAGAAGUUAUAUUAACCAAUGGAUGCCCUGGCGGUGAAUCCAAGUGUGUCGUCCGGGUGGAAGAGUGCCGUGGACCAGUAGAUUGUGGCUGGGGUAAGCCACUUUCAGAAAGUCUUGAAAGUGUUAGACUGGCAUGUGUUCAUAUAUCUCCUGUAAACCGUUUCAAAUAUGUUUGGAGACUUAUAAGGCCAAACCAACAAGCCAUUAUACUUCCAAACGAUUCAGCAAUCCUGGAGGUUCACAGGGACAUUCACCCCAUGGCUUACGAGUGUGAAACGUUGGAGAAUGAUGAAAUAAUAGCAUCUGUUAAAUUCACAAUCUAUACAACAGCUGAACUGCAGAUGAAAAGAUCGAACCGACCAGACACUGAUGCAGUUCUAGUUUUCGUGCUGACCAUAGGAGUUGUUAUCUGUAUAUUCGUGAUCUUCGUACUGAUCUUCAUAAUUGUAAACUGGGCGGCAGUCAAAGAUUUCUGGGGGGCAAAAGCCUCAACAACCGAGGUACAGUCUGAGCUGAGUUCAAUGAGAUACAAAGAGUCAACUUCUCUUGACCAAUCACCAACAGAAAUACCUGGACAUGAAGAGGAUGCUUUAAGUGAAUGGAAUGAAUGA